GCAUCCGGUGCCAAAUGACAGCCGAAGAUAUUUAUGGUCCAAUCCAAGACUCAUUCCUUUACUAAAAAGAGAAACUCGCAAACAUUUUCCAUCACUUUCUAUCCCACCUCCCCCAAAACACAUUUUCCCGGAAAAAUACAAACAAACGAAAAAAUGGUAGAAAACAUCCGGAAAAUUUCUCCCCCACCAACCGCUCCCCCUCCUCUCUUCACUCUUCCUACCACUCUAACUUAAAAAAAAAAAAAGAAACGCUUAAAAAUUCACAGUGAAUUUUAUAUAUAGAAGCAAAAGAAAAAAAUUAAGAAAGGGAAGAGAAGGGGAUUGAUGGGUGCGUCUCUAUCAAACCUAACGGAAGGAACCAACGGGACGGCGAUGGGACCGGGAUUAGGGGACAUACCGGAGAGCUGCGUGGCGUGCGUUUUCACGUACUUGACGCCGCCGGAGAUUUGCAAUCUGGCGAGGUUGAAUCGUGCGUUUAGAGGGGCGUCGUCGUCGGAUUCGGUUUGGGAACAGAAGUUACCCCGGAAUUAUCAAGGUCUGCUGGAUUUGAUGCCACCUGAAAGACACCAGAAUUUGUCCAAAAAAGACAUUUUUGCCCUUCUAUCUCGCCCGAUACCUUUUGAAGAUGGAAAUAAGGAAGUAUGGCUGGACAGAGUGACAGGGAGGGUAUGCAUGGCAAUAUCUGCAAAAGGGAUGGAAAUUACUGGAAUUGAUGACCGAAGAUAUUGGAAUUGGGUUUCUACUGAAGAAUCUAGAUUCCAUGUUGUGGCCUAUUUGCAGCAAAUAUGGUGGUUUGAAGUAGAUGGAGUAGUAAAGUUCCCUCUUCCAGCUGAUAUCUAUACUAUCUCAUUCAGGCUUCACCUUGGAAAAUUUUCCAAAAGGUUGGGAAGACGGGUGUCUAGUUUUGAACAUGCCCAUGGUUGGGACAUAAAGCCUGUAAGAUUUCAGUUGUCUACUGCUGAUGGUCAGCUAGCGUCAUGUGAGCACUUUUUGGAUGAUACUGAACAAGAUUAUGAAAAUGGAAACCAUAAGCGUGGAUGCUGGAUAGAGUACAUGGUAGGGGAGUUUAUAGUCAGUGACUCAGAACCAGCAACCGAACUCAGAUUUUCCAUGAAACAGAUAGAUUGCACACAUUCUAAAGGAGGGCUUUGUGUAGAUUCUGUAUUUAUUAUCCCCACUGACCUAAAAGAGUGUAAAAGAAGAGGAAUUUUGAAAUAGCCAUAAACACAUCAGAGUUGUUUGAUAUCAUCAAUGAUCCCUGGAAAUUCCUUAUGGGGUUUCACCUAAAGCUUAUACUUCUAAAGGCAUUUGCUGUUUUAGAGGAUAUCAUCUUAAUUGGUUUUUGGAGUAGUUUUGUGUCCUCUAUGGUUAUGUAAGUUUCACUUCCAUGUAUUUGAUCCAGUUUUGUUUCCUUUUACACCUUUGCUGAUAAAAUUAAGAGAUUAUUCUUGUUUAUCAUCUUGUUUUCACCGGCGCUUUCUGUUAAAAUUUUUUGAACUUAGUUGUGAUGCAAAUGAGGUACAAUUCCAAAUUUUUUCUUAAAUCUUAUCAGCCCAGUUUUAUUCCCUUUAUUGUUUCAUUAUGUUUUUAGAAAAGCUUCAUUGGGCUAGGAGAAGCUUUGCUUGCUUUCUUCUGAUCUCUAUGAACUUUUAACUGUUGCAAUAAAGUUGUGAAAUUAUUUUCUCUAGUUAUCACCAUAAUGAGUGUUUGUAUUAAUUAUGAAAUUCAUGGCAUCUGGACCACAGAUGUGGUUGUUUAGGUGGUGGAUCAUAUCCAGGUUCACUGCUUUCAUUAAGUGUUCUUGCAAUACUGAUUGUGAAACUGUUACAUGAACUAUGCCCUGUGGGUCUGCCUUGCCCAUUCUCUUUGGAAAAUCAGCUCUAUUCAGGUUGGUAUGGUUGGUUAAACCAAGGGCAACCAUAGCUUAUACUUGUUGAUAUAUUGUAAAUUGUAAUAGACUAACUCACUGAGGUUCGGUUGGUUUACCCAUGAACUCACAUACUUGAAUGACAUGGUCAAAAUCAUCGUAUGCUCGUUAUCCUUUCAGCGUGUCUUGCUAUUCCGCUUGCUUUCUUCCCUGGUUUUUAGUUAUCCAAGAACUUAUGCAUUGAUAUUUCUUUUCCCAAAACUGUAGGCGAUAUGUGGACUUCAUUUGCUUAUGAUUAAUUUCCUUAAUUGACGAUUUGGCAUUUAGAUAGCAAUUUGCAUCCUGAAUUCGUUGAUUCUGUUUUCAUUUGAUUUGCAUAUUGUAUUAGAAAAUUUUGACAGAAGAAAACAAAAUUUCACUACCUGGGGCCCUCAUAGUUUGAGUUAGCUUGUUUUUUGUAGGUAGGUGGUCCAGUUUUGAUCUUUGAACAUUAUUGGUUCGUUCUAAAGUUGUUAUAAGAUGAGGCUGAAGUAAGCUGCAUUCCUAGUUGAAGCACUGACCUUAGGUUGAUAGUCCUCGUCUUACAGCUGUGAGCAACAUGAAAGAGGUUCAUGUUAGGCUAGACCCCCAGGAAGAAGUAUUGGCUGCUUGAAACACAGUUCGUGUAGUAAAGCAUGUUUCUUAUUGAGCACCAAACCAGAUGUUUGAAGUUUGCACUUAUGAAAUGAUUGUUUGCUUUCUUCCCCUCCCCUUUUUGUUUGAAACAAAAUAAUUGAUUACGCGUUAUUUUCCGUUAAGAUUACGACUUUUUAGCAGAAAUGAAGACUUAUCAUCUUGCUUUAAAGACAUUAAUUCUACAUUUGUGAUUGUAAUUAGGUUGCCCUUGUUUGUCGUUUUAUUUCAUUUGAACCUUAUUGUCACUCCAAGUUAAUUCUUGAACCAGCUGGUUUAAUGUUGUACUUCUGUUUGAACUAGUCCUUUAUGUUUCAGUUGCAGGAACUGAACAACGUUCUCUUUCCACAUGGGGUCCUUUUCUUCCCAUUUAUUACUUGGUUUUCAUUUAGCUUAACAUUUAGACAUUGGUCCACAUUCGGCAUCGCCACCCUAAUGUUCUUGUCCUUUUCUCAUGCCGUCGUCCGUGAAUUACCCCUCAUAGGUUCAUGUGUUAAAUGUUGCCUAAAUCUGGACCACUGGCAGAUUCAUGACUGUGUAACCUAGACAGCGGCUUACCACCUUAUUUCAGAUUUGUUAGAUGUUAUUUUUUAAAGGUAGCUAUAUGAAUUAAUUAAGUCAAACUCGAGUUAAGUAUGUUAGAAUUGAACUGAUUUCUUUCAUGCUUCGCCAACAUGUUGAUGUUACCUAGAAUUUUAUUAGAUGAACAGUUUCAAAACUUGAUUCAAAUAUCUUGCAUAUUAUCGAAAUGUCCGUAUCUCAACGUCUUAGUUGUCAUACUUUGAGAAUUUUGGUUGUCUCUUAAUUAAAGUUUGCUUGAAAUACAAAGCUUAGCUCUUUAAUGGCUGCCAUCAGAUUGAUCAUUUUUUCAGCUUCCCAAGCCAUCAACUAGACGUCUAAAUUUUACGGCUAUAAAUUCAAUUAGGUCCUCUGUACUUUUAAGCUUUUAGAGACAGUCGUUCUCUAGUUCUUUAUCCCAACCAAAAAGAUUCACGCACUUUUUAAUUAAUGUUUGUGAACUAUUACAACGAAUCACCCCAAUCUGAUUUUGCAAGAACAAAGUUAGCUUAUGUAGCUCGGUACAAAGAAAAAGCUGGUCCAA